AUGACCGUAGAUUGCCGCUACUGUGCAAACAGCAACAUGGAGUCCGUAAUCUGCGCGAGCUUACUGCGCAAUACGUCUGGAACUUUGAUGCGGACGAUAAAAGCUAAGGGCGCGGAUGGUUGUAAAAAGAACGAGAAGAAAACGACGAGAGAGACGGAGCCCAAGAAAAAGAAAAAGUAUGACGAGAGAAGCCAAAGAAUGGCUUUCAAGAGUCUCAUGACAUAUUACAAUAAAUUAAGCGUCGAAAAACUGUUUCACUCGACCUCCCGACUCUCCACGAAAUUCGCGCGUGUGUUGAAAAUAUCUGAUCGAUUCUUCGGUUGUUUGUUUCAGGUUACUGUAAGCGUACUGCUGGUAGCGACCACAGCUACUCUAACUCCUGGUUACGUGAAGCAGCCCGAUAAUGACAAGAAUUCAUCAUCAUAUCAUUACAAUUACAAAAUCGAAAACGAUUCCGGAGACGUGCAACAAUCCAAGACCGAGGCACGCAAUGGUGAGCAUGCGACUGGUCGAUACUACGUGAAUUCCAAACAAGCCUCGACCGACGUCAAGUAUUAUGCCGACGACUGGGGCUAUCAUCCGCUCGUCAAGUACAGCUUGUCCGAUGAUCACAGCAGCUCAUCUGCGAGCUUGGCCUUCGGUGCUGUUCAAACUUACGACAGUGACAAUGGAACGCCGUCAUUAACAUAUCUAACACCUUCAAGGGAGAGAAAGAAGCUUGCGCAAGUAACGGUACCAUAUCAGCAAGACAUUGUGUACAGUGGCAAUAUAUCGAACACAGACCAUCAGUCAUCAAGCAGCAGUUCCGGUAGUGUGUCAGCGCAACAAUCAGAGUCGACGAACUUAGUGGACAUGAAUUACGUCACCAAUGCACCGACGCAGUCGAUCUACGAGACGAUAUUCUCGCCGACUAGCGACGCUUUCUCAUCGACGACAAAGCAAGCAAAGUAUUAUCAGCAACAAUUCGAUCAUCUUACGUCGCAAGAAAACGACUUAUCAUCGUCAUUGGCCUCCGAGGAGAAUCAGCUGAUCGUCGAAAAUACUGGAGGCUUCGGUGCUCGCGUGCGAGCUGAUACAUCUUAUUCGUCUUCAACCGCUAGUUCCAUUCACAGCAGUGGAAUUAGCACAGGCGACUCAUUGCCCAGUGUCACUCGAGAUGGGCGCUACUACCACGGCAGAUUCCAGCAGAAGAACAAACAGCCAAUUCCAACAAAUUAUCUGCCGAGCGUCUUACCAGGUUUAAACUACUUCACGUCAACAAUUCUGCCGCCACUGGACAACGGCGUUACUGCCAACUCGAUCGAAAGCAACGUAGCCAACUUGAAGAGCAGCUCGAACAAAUACGAGUUCUCCAAGCCCAUUGUUGUCGCGGAGCCAUCUCAGCCGCAUAAAGAACCACCUUUCCAGUAUAGCACCACCUUUGAGUGCGAGGACGACAAAUCCCCUACUACCCCGAAUCCUCUGCAAUACAAAGACGAUACUGCCUCGUCACGCAUACUCAACUCUAUCCAAGCAGGAGUAGCUCUUGUGAAUGCAGGUGAAGUGCAUCUUAUCGGUAGAACUGAGGAUGCUCGCUCGCCAGCACCGGUCGAAGAAAAAAUUGAUGAUUUUGAUCAACCCGCGCAACUUACUCAACAUCACGACGUUACGCUUUUAACUCAGACUCAAACUCAAGCUUCGAGAUACAUGGGCAUCAAUCCGGCCUUUGGUGGCCAACAGAACUCGGUAGAACGGUAUACCGUACAACCACAGCUAACGACGCUGACACAGCCGCAUACAUCGACGCAGCCUCGGCAACAGGAUUCGGUAGUUGAGAUUCAAAAGUCGAUCGAGAUUUAUCACAGCUCGCCCCAACACGAGAUACAUUAUCCUGGCAUGCUACCCACUCAGGUAACGCAAAUCGAUCAACAGCAGCAACAGCAGCAGCAGCAGCAGCCGCAAUACUUUAUCAACAAUGCCGACGAGAAUAAUAAACAGUUGAGCCAGCCCCGUGGUGAUAUCAACUACGAGAUCACUGGAACCUACUCGAAAGUUGCCGGUGGAAAUGAGCCAAUUUAUGUUGUACCUCCUGCUACUUACAUUUUGGAUAAUAACUUCGUGCAGAAGAAUAAUGUACAACGAGAUAAAACUCAACAGUACCAAACAAAUUCGCAACUGAUCCAAUUGAACAAGCAGCAAAAUGACUCCUAUAACAAUCAGAAAGUUCCAGUGCCACAGCCUUUUGCGAUUACCGUCGAAAUACCAGUGUCUCAGUCUUAUCCCGUUCACGUUGAAAAAGUUGCAGAGAAGAAAAUUCCGAUUCCCGUUCAUAUUCCUAUUCCACGGCCGUACGCAGUGGAGAAACCUAUCCACAUUCCUAUGCCCAUUGAGAAGAUUGUAGAAAAACUAGUGGAAAAGAAGGUACCAUACCCUGUUGAAACUCCGAAGUAUAUUGAGAAAUCGCCGUCUUUACAAGCAUUACACUACGGUCAACAGCACUAUGGUGUCAAUUACCAGCAGGCCAUGAAACCUCAGAAUCCUGAACACUACUCGCAUCAGUUAUUCAGCCAACAUUUUCAACGUUACUUGUACGAAAAUCCAGUAAUUCCACCGGCUACUGUAGAAGCCAAUCUUGAACAGAAUCCCUUCUCUAAGAAGCAUUCCUACAAUUCGUAUCUGCCGCCAAAGUCAAAUAGUCUGAUUCACAGAAGACACACUGCAAUGCAACGGCCGAGCGAUUUCCUUGGACCACCACCACUUCAAAGGCAACAGCAGACAUUUCAACCGAAGAAAUCGUUCGCAUCUCGUUCUACGCCAUCGUCAUUGUCUAGGAGAGCACGUAAUCAUGAUCCGGCUAGGCAUCAGAAAGGUAACUUUAGGCAGUCGAAGAUUGAGUACGGAUUUAAGCCACCAAUGGUACCAUCUAUUCAAUACGACGAAGAAACCGCAUCGAAGGUCGAAAGCUGAGUAAGUUGGGUUUCGAGGAUCGAGAUCGAAGAUUUGCUCUGGUGCAUUCAGUUUCGACGGUCUAUAUGUAAAUGUAUUGAUGAUUUUGUAAAAAAAUUAAUCAAAUUCCGUGACGAUAGAGUUCGAUUUUUACGAGCUUCUUCAUUGUAUAUUCUGACACAUUGUCAGUAGUUACGAAUACAACCAGAGUAUAUAUUUGUAAAUUCUAAUUUAAUG